AUGAAAUAUCAUCAGUCUCAUCCCACUGAAACUGUAGCAACACCUAAAGUGAAUGCCAGUUCAUCUCGUGAGCGUGGGAAGGGUCAUUGGCAUGGACCUAAGUGCCACAUUGGCAAGAAAAAUGGUGGUCAUAAUAAUGCCAAAAAGGAUAACAACAACAACCUUUCUCAAGAUAAGGGGAAGGGAAAGGGUUCACAAAACAAGCCCAAGGAAAACAAAGAGACUAGUUGUUUCCGCUGUGGCAUGCAAGGACAUUGGUGUCAUGUCUGUCGUACUGCCAAGCAUCUGGUUGAUCUAUACCAGGCAUCUCUUAAGGCAAAAAGAAAUAAUGUCGAAAUGAAUUUUUCUAAUUUUGAGAAUGGGGAGACUACCCACUUCGAUAUUUCAUAUUUCCUUCUCCAGGAGUACGACAAUGAAUCUUAA